UGUGUGCUGGGGUGGGCUGUGCCUGCCUGGAUUGUGGCGCCGCCGCCAGGUGGAGCCUGGCACUGAGCCUGCGGGUAGGGGCGGCUGGAGACCGCCUCUCUGCGCGGUCCCUCUACCUGCUGGGGGCGGGGAGGAAGAAAGGCGGGCACCAAGCGAUAGGGUGAGUCACUCCUCUCCCUAGGGUUAGGAGAGGGACUUCUCUCUCUUCCCGGGGUCUGCGCUUUGGCUCCAGGCUCCGGGCUCCAGUUCCGCGACUCCCUCGGCUACUCUCCCGGGCGGCGCGACUCCUGCCUCCCUUCUGAGGCUGCUCCAGUCGCCUUUCUAUAUAGGUGAGGACUAGUGUUUUCUACAUUCUUGGCCCAGAGGAAUUGGUUCCUGUUCUGAAGCUUUUGGAGAGAUCAAGGUUCAGCAUCAUUAGUGAGUCUUAGCUGCUGACUGGGUAUCAUAGCAAAGGCUUUAGAGACUUGUUUUUUCAGUGCAAACAAUGACAUUCGUGGACUGUAAUCUCAGUAGCACAUGCUUUCUCUGUAACCUGAAAGAAUACCCAGUUCUCGUCAGCAAAUCUGUGGAGACCUUAUAAAAAGCCCUUGUAACUGAACAGCUGUGACUCCAGGUUGGCCAGGGGGCUAUCUUAACAAUAGUAAAUAUCCAUUUGCCUUCUGGAAGAUUCAACUGCUGCCACACAGAGCUGCUGCUGAAAUACCAUGUCUAAGAAUUCAGAAUUCAUCAAUCUGUCAUUUUUAUUAGAUCAUGAGAAGGAAAUGAUCCUGGGAGUCCUAAAGAGAGAUGAAUAUUUGAAAAAAGUGGAAGACAAGAGAAUAAGGAAGCUGAAAAAUGAACUUUUAGAAGCAAAGCGUAGAAGUGGGAAGACUCACCAAGAGACCAGCAGAGUCUGUGUUCACUGUCACAAAAACCUUGGCCUCAUCUUUGACCGGGGAGAUCUGUGCCACGCCUGCUCACUCAGGGUGUGCAGUGAGUGUCGAGUCACUGGCCUUGAUGGCAGCUGGAAGUGCACUAUCUGUGCCAAAGUCGCGCAGCUGAAGAUUAUAAGUGGAGAAUGGUUUUUUGAAGAGAAGGCAAAGCGUUUCAAGCAAGUCAAUGUUCUGGGCACUGAUGUUGUUCGACAGUCCAUCUUAAGAAGAAGUCCAGGAUCUGAAGAAAUACAAAGCCAAGAGCAAGCCCACCAAGAUGUAGACAAGUCAGAUACUUCAUCUUCCAUCAGGCAGAAAGCCACUCAUGAUGGACCCAAGAGGAAGGGAUUUCUUCUGAGCAAGUUCAGAUCAGCAACCAGAGGAGAAAUCAGAACUCCAAAACCUGAAAGUGGGAGGAGCUAUAGCUUGGAUUUAGACAGUCAGACUCUUCAGAGUUUCAAGUCAGCCCCUGGUUCAGACAGGAGAAGUAUCGCGUCAUCAGACCUCAUUGACCAGGAGGCAGGACGAGGAACACCCAAAAGCGGCUACAGCAAUGGUGGAAUCCCAGUCACUCAGAGGUCACCAGCUCCAAGUGCUCGUAGUGUGAGCUCCAUCAGCAGUAGAGAACAUGGUUUUGAAAAUUCCAUGGCUUCGGCUGCCAGUGAAAGUGCCUCUGAGGAGCUCAAGAAGAGUCACCGUAGAAACACAUCUAUUACACCCUCCAUAGCAGUGUCUGGUGCCUCCGUUUCCUCAGACCGGAGUCAAUCUGAGUUAGAUUUGAGUGAGUCAUUUACAGAAGACUUAGAGGACACUUCAAGCAUAAGAAGCAGAUCUGUCCCUGGGGCAUUAGACAAAGACUUGAACUCCCUAGAAGAGGCUGGAGAUGGUACUGAUGACUUAGUGUCCUCUGGGUUUUCUGCAAACCCCCACAGUCUGGCAAGUGGUCUGUCAACGAACUCCCAAACAGGAUCUGAUAGGAAGAGGAGCUACCUAAAUGUGCCUGAUGCGGACUCAGACACUACCAGCCUUAACAGCAUGAUGAGUGUUUACAGUGAGACAGGAGACUAUGGCAACGUGAAGGUCACUGGUGAAAUUCUUCUCCACAUCAGCUACUGCUACAAAACUGGUAGCCUCUACAUUGUUGUCAAGAACUGCAGAAACCUGGCCAUAGGAGAUGAAAAGAAACAGAGGACAGAUGCUUAUGUCAAGUCAUACCUUCUUCCAGACAAGUCCCGAAACAAUAAGCGCAAGACCAAAAUCAGGACAGGUACCAAUCCAGAAUUCAACGAAACAUUAAAGUAUACCAUCAGCCACACCCAGCUGGAAACAAGGACUCUGCAGCUCUCAGUCUGGCACUAUGAUCGCUUUGGACGCAACAGUUUCCUUGGAGAGGUGGAGAUUGCUUUCGAUUCAUGGAACUUUGAAAAUCCAUGUGAUGAGUGGUUUGUGCUUCAGCCCAAGGUGGAGUUGGCUCCUGAUAUAGGCCUUCAAUACAAAGGAGAGCUAACGGUUGUUUUACGCUACAUUCCUCCAGAGGAAAACCCUAUAUUCCCAGUAGGACAACCUCAAGGAAAGAAGACCUUUAAAAGGGGAAAGAAGAAGGAGUCACCUGUCAUCUCUGGCGGAAUACUUGAAGUGUUCAUCAAAGACGCGAAGAAUCUGACAGCAGUGAAAUCGGGAGGCACUUCUGACAGCUUUGUGAAAGGCUACCUGCUUCCUGAUGAUAACAAAGCCACCAAGCACAAAACUGCGGUUGUAAAAAAGAGUGUUAAUCCUCAGUGGAAUCACACAUUCAUAUUCAGUGGCCUGUAUCCUCAGGAUAUAAAGAAUGUUUGCCUAGAACUCACCAUCUGGGACAAGGAGGCCUUUUCCAGCAACAUCUUUCUAGGAGGUGUCCGGUUAAAUUCUGGAAGUGGUUUCAGCCAUGGGAAGAGUGUAGACUGGAUGGACUCUCGUGGGGAAGAACAACGCCUUUGGCAAAAGAUGGUUGACAACCCUGGAACAUCUGUAGAGGGAGUUCUCAUGCUGCGUUCCAGCAUGGCGAAAUGUAGGCUCUGAGGGGACCAAUUCUGCAAGAACUACACAUCUCUAGUCGCCUGCUGUUUUCUCUUGGCAAAGGACUGGGACCUUGAAUUCUGUUUCCCUGUCAUUUCUCAUCUAAGGGUAUUAGGACAUGAGAGGAGCUAUGUCAGUUUUGUGAACAUUUAGGAUCUUGCUGAUUGUCUAAAAACCAUAUCCUUCUAUAUGUUCACCUACUCAGGCUUCCUUGAGUAGGCGAUAGGAAGUGUACCACACCAUCCUGCCAACAAGCAAAACUGUGCAGUGGCUCAUAGGCUUUAUAUCAACAGAAAUGACACAAGCUUAUUGGAAAAUAUUGUUGAGAUUAGGGGUCCUCAAUCCUUUCCCAACCAAGUUACUUCAGUUUGAGAAGAGAAGGGAACACCAAGAAGGUAGAUUGCUUGAAGAAUAACAUAGAGAGAUACUGGCCACUUUGCUUAUCCUGGGACUGUCUAUGAUUUAAAGAAGGCAUGCUGGGAAUGGUAUGGGAGAUGGGGUAGAAUCCAUUUGUAGUGGCAAACAUCAGGUUGGAGGUGUUAAUGUUUUAUGAUGUCUUGGUUGGGUUCUGGUAACUGCAGAAUUCGUCCUCUAAUUCAGCCUCCUUUUGAAAGUGAAGAGUGCUAAAUGAUUACACAUGAUUACACAUGCACACACACAUGCACACACACAUGCACGCAUGUACGCACUAAAACAGACACAAACUAGAAUGUGUGUAGAGAAAUUGGAAUAUAAGGUCAUCUUGCUGAUAAACUAGCAAUUAUUGAACUAUGUUACAAAAAUUAUUUUGUCUAAUAUUACAAGCCAUUAUGUAAAAAGAAAUAAGAAAUAAGGGACAAUCAAUUUAUAUCUUCACAAUUUGUUCACUAGGGAGACUAGCUAAGUGAAAAGGGAGCUACUCCAGUGUGUGUCUCUCGUGCUGCUAAGAGUCAGGAACUCCAUGUUCUCUCUUUCAUUUUCUCUUCACUCAAGUUCUUAUCUGCUUAUGCUAUUAUAAUGGCAAGUAACAAACCACAUCAAAAGUCAAUGACUUAAAAUGAAGACCAAUUUUUUCAUGUCUAUGAAGGUUGGCUAGGAAAGCUCUGCUUCCUCCUUAUAGGCCUGAGGAUCUAAAUCAGAUGCUUAUUUCUCAUCCUCAUUAAACCAAAGGAAUAGCAUGAGUGUGGUGAUGGCAGAGGUGUACUUGGAUAAGUCACACUGCUCAAUCACGUAAAUGUGUAUACCUCAUUUGUCAAAAGGAAGCCAUAUUGCUAAGCCCAAAAAUCAAUAAAAAAAGGAAAUACGCCUUGCUCACGGUGAUGCCAGUGACAAGAGUGAGUGUUCAAGAAAUAAUGGUGAAACAGAGGCCAGUGAUUGAAUCCAUUAUAAGUCCUGUCAUUUUGGUGCCUAAGCGACCAAAUGUAGAAGCAAAGUCAUUUAAAUCCGGAAGGGUUGCCAAGCUUGGUUGUUUAUUUUAUGGGUUCCAACCCUGCCAUUGAGAGAACUGAAAUAACUUGUCCAAGGUCAUGCAGAGGCUGUGACUGAAUCUGGACUCAGCUCCUAGGCAACUUUGACAUGACUCUAUGUUAUCAAGGUGGAUAGAUGAUUACAUGUCAGAAAAAAAAAUCAUAGUCUGAUUAUUUAAACAUAAACAUACAUGGUCUAUGCCAGAGGUGGUAGGUUAUACUUGUAAUCCCAGCACUUUGGAAGUGGAGGGAGGAGGAUCAGAAAUUGAAGGUGAGCCUUGGAUACAUAGAGAAUUUUAAGCAGUCCUGGGCUAUGUAGCCAGACCCUAUCUCAAUGGCACCCCAUGCACCAAAAACAUGCAUACUCCAGAUGUUAUGGAAUCAGAUUCAGUUCCUUAUAGCUGAUUUCUUCAUUUUGAUACAUGCAAACCCUUUACAAUCUAAAAAAUGAAUGUUAGUAGUAGGAGAACUAAAACCAUGUUCAGAUUCAUUCUACUUAGUUGCAACAUGUUUUUAGAUACGUUUUGAAAUUUGAAAACUCAUUUAAGAAUGUAUCUAAUAUUCUUCCAUAGUAAGGGAAUACACAAGCCAUUUCCAGCUUUAUUCAAAAAUAGGUCAUCUAUAGAAAACUCAUUCUAUCAUAGCUCAGUAAAUACGAUACUUCUUAAGGAUUCACACACCAUUAUGCAGAAAAGAAAACUAUAUACUUGGUACUAUUUCUCACAUUGGAAAAAAUAAAUCAUCUUCAAACAUGAUUGGAUUCAGUGACAUUUUAGGGGAAUGUGAGAAGGUGGUGAUGGUGAAGCCAGUCUCUGGAGUAGACACAACAAAAUAGGUUUAGUCACUAAGAAAAUGUGGUUAAAUAAUUCUUAAAUUUACAAGUUAAACACAAGAAGGGCAUGAAUCUUUGUGUUCAGAUCAAAUUCAAAGCAGUUCUCUGUACAAUGGUUUCAUGAAAUCCAGCUUCUUACUGGGUAUUUCUUUAACACAAACCCCAGAUACACUAAAUAGAUCAGAAACCACAGGAAAUAUGGGUAAGCCAUCUGUGUUUCAUGCUUCUCCCGCAAUCUUCUCUUUUUAACAGCAAACACUUUGGAAUUCAAAAUUAUAUAUAUAUAUAUAUAUAUAUAUAUGUAUAUCUUACUCAGCCAUCCACUUUCAUGUAUCCUCCCUACAGAAGUAGAUAUGUAUAUGAGAAAUGAGUACCUAUAGGGGCUUGGGUUUCUGAAAGAGAUCAGAACAAUACAAAUCCCACCAACAGAAGUCUGAAAAUCACACACUCCGGAUUUUUUCUGAUUCUAGUUAUGAGUUGCUUCUCCUCUUGUGCCUCUGAUAGUUCUCAGCAUUAACUGUUACCAUUUGGACUCUUUGGUGCUCUCUUUCUCCUCACUUCUAACCUACUUUCAUGGUAACAUAUACUUAUGAUGUAAAAUUUCCAUAUCCAAUGCAGACCUUUCUUCUCAGCCCUAGACAAGAUCCAUCAAACCACUUUAGUUAUUCCUGUCACAGCCAAGUAAACAGAGCUAAGAAAGCAUAGGGAAAAACACGUAGGUCACAAAUACCUGUUUCUUAGGGUGCCUUGCAAGCCCUAGGCGACCAAAUGACCCACUAAGACUUUAAGACAAAAUUUACUUAGCAGUUGCCACUGAUCACCAAUCCAAGCUUGCCAGCUCCCCAAAGACAUUACCAGUCAUAUGAACUUGCUUCCAAAACAAUCUGUGUUAUUUCUUCUCUCUUCAAUAAAAGUAUAAUCUUUUCCUUUAUUCUCUCAAUAUAUUAGAUACUGCCCAGUAUGUGUGUGUGUGUGUGUGUGUAUGUGUGUGUGUGUAGUACAAUUCUAUCUUUCCAUUAACUCUCAAAUAAAACUCCCUUCUUUAAGAUUGAUUUCUAUAACUGUAUUAUAUGAUGACAACCUAGAUCUAACCACCAGUAUGACAUCUCAGGAUAGCUUCUUUGAAAAUAUAUUCAAACUAAAUACUCUGCUAUCAUUCUUGUUCUCAUCUUCUUGCUCUAGCCUGUCCCAUCUCAGUAUUUAGGGGCACCCAUCCUCUAACCCGUGACAGUAGCCAGGCAUCGUGGAAUGAUUUUUAUUUCUUGCUUCUCCUUUGCCCAGAAUCAGUCAGGGAAUCAUGUUGAGUCUACUUCUUAACUUUCCUCAUCCCUGUGAUAGCACUGAAGUCUGAACUAAUGUCACUGCUUUCCAUGAUUCCUUCAGUAGUCUCCCAGCUUUAAUCCUUUUGAAUUGUUUAUUAUUAUUUAUUGUGUGUAUUUAUGAUGUGUGUGCUGCAUACACAUGUGGAGUCCUCUCUUUACCUCUUCACAUAGAUUCUGGGGACUGAACCUGGGUAAUUAGUGUCAUGGUGCAAGUAUGUUACAGCUGCGAUGUCUCUCUGGCUGUAAAUAACUGUUCUUUACAGUUAUUCCAGUCUCCACACUAGAAACAGAAUGAUUCAUCUCAAAAAUAUAUUUUAAAUGCCCAACUAUACAGAAAAGUCAAAAGAACUGUCUAGUGACCACUCUUGAUCUAAUGACCUAAAUUUACCAUCUAGCAUUAGCACAUGACUGUACUUGUCUGUGAUUGUACAGAUGAUAUCUGUCCAUCCCCAGAGUGAUCUAUGCAACUUCCCAUGGGCUUUCAAUUGGCCAGAAAAUCAAGUUUAAAUUACUGUAGAUGGUCCAGCAUAAGAAAGCCGCUGCCGUUUCUCUAGCAUAUCCCAAGCUGUGUCUCCCUUUCUGCUUCCUCCCUUUCUCUUUAACCACCUUGUGUGCUUUCUUGUUCGCAUUAACCCUGUCCCCAUAAGUCAUCCAGGUCUUCAAUGCUAUGAAUGCUACUUCCUCAGGAAAGCCUUCUAGAUCCUGUGCUGAACUAGGUCACAGAAGCCUGCCUUCAUUUCCCGUUCACUGCACCAAUCACAAUUACAUUCAAUUAUUCGUGUAAUGAAACUUUUGGUGCCCAAGUGUGCUGUCUCGCCACUAUGUAAGGUUCAUAAGGGCAGAGGUAUCACAGCUGUAUCCCUAGUGCUUGACUGAGAAUAAGUAAUCAAAACUAUAUGUGAAAUAAGUCAAAAGAAUACAAAAAUAACAUCACAGAGCGUUACAUCAGUAAGCAUUUUUAAAAGCCACCAUUUCAAAGUGAGAGGGGAAGGAGGAGAUAGAGCAAGGGUGGAUAUGGAUUUGCAUGUCUUAACUAGGGAUUUGGGUCAUUGACAGGAUGAAAUGGGGACUACUGAGUCAUGAGCUGAAGACUGACGAAGUAUCACAUGUUUCAACAGUAUCCCUCUGACUGCUGUAUCCAGUACAUGUUGAUUAGACAUCAACUUGCAACACUCAGGCUAUUUUCAACUACAAGUAACAAAAUAACAAACUAAAGGUUACGUCAUCCCUAAGCCUAUAAGGAGGGCUUAGUCUAGUUUGCACAGCUGUGGUUUGCAGGCUAGCUAUCCCCUGGAUUAAGACUAGUGAUUCUUCAUCACUGUAUAGCCACAACGCUGAUGAUUAUUAAGGUAUCUGAAUGAAAACUGAAGAAGGGAGAGAAUGUUGGCAAACUGAAAGCAAUUGACAGAGAGAUAUUACUUAAGUUGGACAAUAGUGUCAAUGCUUUCUAGGAAAUUUGUGGACACUACAGAUAAAAUUUAAGUUUUCAUAUAUGUUAUUCUUUAUUGUUAGUCAAUGCAUUCAAUAAAUUAUUUCAUGCACAUUAAAAAAAAUCACUAUCUCCAACUCCCAACUAAAAAUAGGAGAAAACUGGAGCCCACACAGAUAAAAAAAAAUUCUGAAGGUGCUUGCAAAUUGGUCUUUUAAAAAUACUCUUUCUAGGUUAGUAAUAAUGUAUUAUUUCAAAACAACUAAAGGACAAGUUUUAAUGUUCUCAGGACAAAUGAUAAAUAUUUAAUGUGAUAGAUAUGCCAAACAGAUUGAUUUGAUAAUUAAUAUAUAUAUAUGAAGACACCAUACCAUAUCCUUCUAAAUGUACAUAAUGUUUGUUAAUUGAAACAGAAAUCAACCUUCUGAAAUACUAUAGUAAUAGCCCUAGACAGGUGAUAAGCUUUUCAGGAGAAUAGAAGACAACCUUGCCUGGAAUAUUUCACUCCUUAUUUGGAGUAAUGUAAUGACAAUUACACACUUAAGUAGGUAACGAAUGAAUAGCACUCACCUGAUUCACAGUAAUGGGAGUCAUGCAAUCAUCUGAUAUUCCAAAGUUUAUAUUUGGCUGGAAAGAAGAAAGCCAUGGAAGAAAUAAUGACAAGCCCUACUUGUAGGAAUAAAGUUGUUAGAAAUAUCAAGUCCAAGAAUCCUCUGAAACUGAAGCAUUUUAAGUUGUGAUCAGUGUUGUUUUUUUCCAUACAAUAUGUCUCACAUUGAUCUGAACACUGUCACUAGAAAUUAACAGGACCUUUCCUUCAAUAAUACUGCCAUUUAUGACCUUUGAACUAAGAAAAGAAACAACAUGUACAAAUAUAUACUGGAAAAUCAGGAAUGUUGUGACAUAUUAAGAAUUAGGAAAGAUUAUCUGAAGCAUUAUUCCACUGCAAAAAGAGUUACAAUUUGAGAAAUGCUGUAUUUAAAAGAUAAACUCUGCCUCCUAAACAUCCCAUAACCUUCCCAAAUAGCACCACCAACUGAGUACCAAGUGUUCAAAAUCAUAAGCCUGUGGGGUCAUGUCAGGUUCAAAACAUAGCACAAUGCAACCAGGAUGCAGUGAAAAAACCUUAACCCUGUUCUCAAAGGACCUAAGUUCAAAUCUUGACUACUUACCAAUCAUCAGAAUUCAGUUAAUUAUCCAAAAUAGCCCUUGGUCUGUUUGACUGUCAGAUGGGAAAUAGUCUACCUUAGAAUAACUAAGAUGACAUGGCUCAGGAAAUAGAAGCAUGAUGACAUGAGUUCCAUCUCCAAAACCCAUGGUAGAAAGAAAGCAGUGACUCCCAAGGGUUAUUAUCCUUUGGCCUUCACAUGCAUACUAUGAAACAUACAUGUAUGCAGAUAUGAAUAAAUUUUUGAAAAAUGAAGAUACCUAAUGAAUUAAUGUACAUAAAAUAUGGCUUACAAAAUGUAAACUGCUGUGGAAAAAUGAAUAACUUUAACACUUUGUGAUUUAUAAUCUCUUUAACUCUUUGUAUUAGAUGCUGGGUUGGAUCUUAAGCAUUCUAUAUAUAAUAAAGUGCCCCCCAGUGUACAACAAAUAUUUUAAAAGAUACAUAUUAUGAGACAUACUAUAGUUUAAAUAUUAUAUGUCCCCCAAAAGGCCAUGUGUUAAAGGAUUAACCACUAUUUGGAGGUAAAAGAAAGUUUAGACAGUGGAUCACAUGUGGCAUCUUCAGGUUAUAAGGGGUUAUUAGGAUCCUGGCCCCUUCCCACUCCCAAUCCAAGCCAUAAAGUAAAUAGUUUUAUCAUAAUUUCUUGCCAAGAUUUUCUGGCCCACCACCAGAGAACCAAAAGCAAUGAGGUCAACAAACCAUGGGUUAAAACUUCCAAAUCCUGUCUAUCUCAAAUAGUUAUUACAGUAAAUGGAAUGCUAACAAAUGCAACAAUUUACUUUAGGCCAGAAUUUCAUGUUUCGACUGAUUUGUGAAUGAAUAUUACAGAAUAUAUUUAAUUUGCUGAAGAUAAAAACUAUGGCCCAGUUUUGUUUAUGUGAUAAAAUUGAGAACCUGCUAGCACUCCAACAACCCAACUUUCCUGUCUUUACUACCCCUUCCUCAGAUCUUCUCCCAGAGUAAAAGCCAUCUUUUUCUAUGGCCUUCCUUAUUCUCCAUGACAUAUUGAUGAAACCCACAUUUCUCACAAGAAUAUUUUUCAAGAUAAUGCUUUUAAUCUACAGAAACAAAGUUACCAUUCUGUCAAACACACACCCCACAAAAACACAAACAACAUGUCACUAUGAGUAAGCCAUAAUAUUUCAAAUAUGAUCAGUUGCGCUUUAUUUACUUCACUAGUAUUCAUCACCCUAUUCUGGAGAAGGAUCCUUAGAAAAGUGAAAUUGAGUUUAUAUUUAGUAUAGCCUGUAAGUGCCAAAAUGCUCAUACUUUUAUCAAACAUUUUAACACAAGAAGAAAGUUAUCUGUGUUUUCCCUUUUCUCUAAAUGAGGCUGAAUUGAUGCACACAAUUAAAGCAAAGUUGAAGUCAUUAGAAUCUGGCAGGAGGUCAGAGAGCUAUCUAUGUGUUAUCUGUUGUUAAAUAUACUUAUGCCAAGGGAAUCCGAUUAUACUUGCCACAUAAUUUUAUACUUACCCAGAUUCGAUUUGGAUAUCAGAAAGUUCAAUCGUGUUUGUGAAAAUGCAUAGGAAUUGAUGAAGCACAACCAUAAGACUUCGUUUUCAUUCAUUCUCUUUUAGAAACAAGUAAGAAUGGAAGCCACUCCAUCACAAACAGUCAUGUCAAUCACUCAGAGCUAUUUUAAAAGAGAGAUUAUUGAUUUCCAGCUCACAGAGAGAAAGGGACAUCUAGACUUUUUCUCACUCUUUCUGGUGCUCCUUGGGUUGAUGGAGUACACACAGGUUUAGGAGAUCCUUUCACUGCUUUUUUGCACAUAGGUUUCUGGGAAUAUCACUACUCAAUUUAAACUCUUUCCUGGCACCUCAGGACCCAAGUUAACAUUAUUUACUUGCAAAACAUAUGAAUUAUCAGAGCCAUGUGAAGACGCAAGGUACCCUGGUAGCUUCCUAAAGUCCCAAGAGGCACUGAGCAUCACUGCAAAUAUAAUGAAGUAGGGAAUUGCUCUCAGGAAGAAUAUGGUAUUAACAGGAAAAAAAAACAUAGUAGUUGCUUGAGUGUAUAGGUGAGGUAGAGGUCCUGUCCCUGAAGAGCAAUUCCUGAGUAGUAAAUUGCUUUCUAUGGACAGUUUUAGGACGAUGGGGUUGUUUUGCUGAAUAUGAUAUAUCAGUUUGGGCCAGACAUAAAUUGCUAAGAACAAAGGGGAAAGAGGAACUUGCCUUCCCUGAGGGCUUCCUUUAUAUCUCUUCCAUCAGUAAAGUGUGCCUCAAUAUAAAUGUCAUACAAAUAUUUAAGGAGGUUAUCAAAGCCAUAAAGUGGUGGGGCACAGUUGUAACCCUAUCUACUCAGGAUGGUAAGGCAGGAGGAUAAGUUUGGGGCCAGCCUGGGUAACUUAUGAGGGCCUUGUCUCAAAAAAAAAUUAAGACGUGAGCUGGUGCUCAAUGUUAGAGCCCGUGCCUCACAUGUGUGAGACCCCGGGUUCAGUCAUCAGCAUCAAAAGUACAUUAAAUUAAAUUGAUCUGAGAAAUGCAUCACCUCAUCAGCUCAGGUACUGGCCCAGCUCUGUGACUGCACUGAGUGUCCCAUUCCCAGAGUAAGCAUUGUACUGAUGAGCAGGGUUUAGUGGAUUGCAGAGGAAAGGCACAUUUUCAAUGUCUCAUGAACAUCUAUGAAUCACUGGGCUACAGAGUUAGACCUAGUCUUCAUGAAAAAUAAAUGGGGCAAUUUUCCCAAUUCUGUUAUAGACUGAACCAUACCCAUGUUCAUUCACUUGCCAAUGUACUCACCUAAACUUUUUUUUCUCUGGUAGGAAGUUGACCUAUUCUGCCUGCUUAUAGUUAACAGAUUUUAUUUCUUAGGGAAAAUUUGGGUUUACAGAAAAACUGUGCAGAAGUUACGGAGCGAUUUAAUAUAGUGUCCAUCUCCACAGUUUCUCCUAGUUAUCCCUUUUGUAUCAGUGUGACACAUUUAUUAGAAUUAAUGAGACAAUAUUUGGACUUUUUUUUUUUUGGUUUUUCGAGACAGGGUUUCUCUGUGUAGUCUUGACUGUCCUGGAACUCAUUUUGUAGACCAGGCUGGCCUCGAACUCUCAGAGAUCUGCCUGGCUCUGCCUCCCGAGUGCUGGGAUUAAAGGCAUGUGCCACCACUGCCCGACUUUGGACAUUAUUUUUAACUUAAGGUAAUACUUUAUAAUAAGGUCCAUGCUUUAUAUUUUAGAGUACUGCUUGCCUUGAUAAAUGCAUAAACCAUAAAGAUUCCUUAUAGACUUGUUUCUUUUGCUUAGCAAUAUGCAUUUAAGGUUCUUUCAUGUCUUUUUGUGAUGUGAUACUUAGAUGUUUCCUGUGGUAAGUGCAAUUAACAUGAUACCAAUGCUCUUCACAAAAUUUUAAGUGCAAUGCAUAUAUAUUUAUAUAUAUAUUUAAGUUUGCUUUUAUGUAUAAGCUAUUCAAAGUAUAGAACACUGAGAAAUCAAAUGUUUUAAUCUCAGGAGAUGAUAGGAAAUCUGCAUACAUUUGGCUAUUUUGUAAUUGUUAGCUACAAAGUUCCUAUUUGCUUACCUUAACAUGUUUAGCACAAAAUUAGUAAUAAUAAUAUUUAAAUGUUUAAUAUGUUUAUUUCUAAGCUUCUAAAUGGAGUUUUAUGCUAGACUAAUGAUGUAUGCCAUCUUGGACAUUAGGCAAAUGGUAAUGUAUUGUUCAUUAAAUUCAUUUUCCUAUUAUCGCUAA